AUGGAAUUAAAGUCUAACUUUGGUGGCAAAUCUUCUCUGGAUUAGGAUAAAUCCGCAAUAGAUAAAAUUCAAAACGAAGUCAAAUUGAUAUAUUUCAAAGUGACUCAAUCGCUCUUGAAGGAGGAAGAACAAUCAAUCGUUCUCAAUUUACUAGCCAUCAUCAUUCAGUUCUUUUAAGCGACUUACAUCAUCUUCAAUCGUCAAACAUGGAAAAUUUGGUAGACUUUUGAAGUAACCGAAUGGCUUAAUAAGAUAUUUGGAUAUUCGAUGCUAGUUCCUUACUUUAAAAUGCUAUCAUUUCCAGCCCUCGUUGCUAUGAUGUAUGUCUGCUUAGGUUUGGUAGUCUUUGCAUUCAUGCUGAUCUUCUUUCUAAGCUAUAGAUUGAAAUCAGCAUUUACAUGGCCAAUAUACAUUUUGAGAAUUUUGAUUCAAAUGUUCCUCUCAAUUCUCUACAUGCCAAUCAUGGAUCUAUUUUUUUCUUUGAUUGCUUGCACAACGGAUGAAAAUGGAGAUAAUGUAAACUAAAUUUUUAAUGAUGUUACUUGCUGGUAAGGAGUGCAUAUAGUACAUGGUAUUGUAUCCAUUUUGGGAAUUGUUAUAUUCUAUCUAUUUUGUAUUACUUUUGCUAUGAUUUAUUAUGAACCAAGAUAUCUACCUAAAGAACCUCACUCUAAGAAGUCUGGUAGAAAUUUAACAAUUUUUCUAACCUAUGAACUAGUGAUGAUCAUAUGCUAUACAUUUAUGGUGGGAAGAUCAUAUGAUUACCUAUUUAUUCUGAUUAUGUUGGUUGGCAGUUUUAUUGUGUUUUGGAAAAUGCACAUUGAAAAUCCACACAAUAAUGUUUACAUAGCUAAAAUGUGGUCUAUGCUUGUAUCUGUUAAUAUGUGGAGUGUCAUCCUAUUAUGUUUUGCUAAGUUCCUUGAGGGUUAGUUGUUUUUUGGAACAAUCUAUGCUUGGUUAUCAGGAUUACCAUUAAUGAUCAUAGCAGUUUUAAAAACCGAAAAGUUGAAUUAUGAUUUGCUUUUGACUAAUCUAAAUAAGGUUACAGAUCCCCAAGAUGUCCUGAAUUUGACAGAUCAUCUUAUCAAACUGUACAACAUUUAAGAUGCAGAUUCAUAAUUAAUGAUUGAUGGAUUCCUAGAAAUACACAGAGCCACUUGUGCAAGAGAGGAUUGUUAUUUAAAAUAAAAGAAACUACCAAAUUAGAGAUUGGCUAAACCAUUCUUUAAGGAUUAAAACCUUCAGGAAAGAGAUGUUGAUUUACUGAUGGUUCUAGGUUAAAUUUAUUUCAAUCAAAUAAAAAGAUUCCCAAACGAAAUAUCCUUAAGAUUGAGAUACUCGUUGUUUCUGCUGGAUCUAAUGAAGUAGAGGUAAUAAGCUUUAAAUGAACUAAUAUAAACCGAGUAAUUAUGUCCAAGCUUUGAUAAUGAAUUCAUAAUUUUUAGGUAUAAGUAAAUUGUAGAAUAUGAAAUGAAUGCAGCAUAGAAUGAAAAUAUGGGUAAUUUGGAUGUUGCAACAGAAUUAGCAUUUCAAAAUCACAUGAGAUCAUUUUAGAAUAAAAUUGAAAGAGCAACCCUUAUGCAUAUGGACUUCUGGUCCUAAUUAUAGGAAGACUCCCCUGAUUUAGGUAAAAUGAACAAUAUUGGAGCCAAGAUUAAUUUAGCAAUUACUUAAGUUGAAGAGCUGUGGAAUAAAAUGCAAAUGAUGACACAAAAUCUGCCUAAAGCAAUGAGAUUAUAUGGAAAAUUCAUUAUUGAAGUGUUAUAAGAUAAAGAUUACGGAGAAGAAUUAUUAGAGAAGGCUCGUAGACUAUAAUAGUAAAAUAGUAAGAACAAGAAUAAAUAGAUGAUUUCGAUAUUAAGUGGUGAAGAUUUAAGUUAAGAACCUAAUCCCACUACUUUGGUUUCAACAGCGGCUGAGAAAUUUGCUUAGAUAAUCAAUUUAAAUUUAUCAUGUUGCAAUUUAUUUGGAUAUAGCAAGUCGGAAAUGAUAAAUAGAAAGAUCAACAUUUUUAUGCCAAAUCUUUAUGCUAAGUUCCAUGAUUCUUAUGUCGAACACUUCCUUUAGACAAAUGACAAUAAAAAUAUUAACAAAGAGAGACUAAUCUACAUUAAAUUGAAAUCAAAUUACAUAGCUCCAUGUUUUUUAAUGUUGAAAAUCAUUCAAUCUUUGGAUGACAAUUUAUAAUUGGCUGCACAAUUUAGAUUACCUAAAAUAUUCAGACCCACAUGCUACAUCAUUACUGAUUCAGAGGAAGUUAUAGAUUCUAUAUCAGCCUCCUGUAUCCCAUUGUUGAGUAUUGAUUAGAAAGUGAUUUCCCACAAAAAGGUGUCUUUGCUAGAUAUUUUCCCUAAAUUUGCAGAAAAUAAAUCAUAAUACUUAACUAAACUAGGAGGACUGCUGUAGUUUUCAGCCUAAUAGUCAUAAUUCAGUAAUUCUAAUAUAACAGAAGAGAAGGAACAAGACCAAAUAACAUUCAUGUGUUACAUGAGCGAAGUAAUGAAUGAUACAAUUGAUUCACUUGCUGGGUACGUCGUAAGAUUAGAAUAGUAAGGAUAAGAUCAAAGUGUCAAUUAAGAGUUGCUUGCAAACAACAAUGCUUUGAAGAGUGGGAGCAGCUUAUAAUUCAAGUUUAACCCUCAACGUGCUAUGUUUAGUGGUGAAUUUGUAGCAGAUACUAAUUCUUAGAGGGUAGAUUAAACCAUCUUAUGGGAUUAAAAUGAUUAAUCAUCUAUGAUAUCCUCAAAUUAGGUUGAUGUUCUGAAUACAGGGAAUAUAAGAUCAUAAAUGAAGACUGAUAAAUCUGAGGAAUAGAAUUUAAACAAUAAAAUUAACUAUGGAGAAGGUAUUAAAAUAUUAAGAUUGUUUGAAAACAGGAUCUAGGACAUAGAUGAUAAGGAUGAAAUAAUGUCAGAUGAUGAGGAGAUUGGGAAGAAUAGCGUAUUUUAAAAUAAUUAAGAAUAAGCAAUAGAGAAUGAUUAAUAAAGAAACGAGUAGAAUAACAUUUUUAGAUCCAGAAAGAAUCUAUACUAAAUUAUUAAUAGUAAUUAAACACCCAAAGUGAUCACCAAAUUAGGUUGGACUGCAAAUAUACUUGCAUUGAUUUUGGUCGUGCUUUCUUUCGUGGAUUUCUUCAUUAUCUAUGCAUAAUAUGAGGACAUUUAUAAUACAAUCCUUUUGGUUAGGAGCUAAAAUUAAAGAAAUGCAGAACUCUAAACGAUAACAACGAGUGUUCAGAAUCUCUUAAUGUUAAAUUUAGAUGUUUGGCAAUUAAAAACAGAUGCUGAUAAAAAGGCCUAUGAGACGACAUGGAAAACUAAAUUGAAUAACUCAAUUACUAAUGUUGAUAAUUUAAAUAAAGAGUUGAUGCUGUCUAAUGUAGGCUUAAGUGAUUCAAUCGUAAAAUAACUAAGUACUGAUAUUGUCACAAUGAGAUCGAGUGAUGGCAAUGAAUAAUUGUAUGAUUUAUCUGAAGCAAUUUAAUAAAUAAUCAGUAAAUCACUUAUAAUCAGAGAAAAGAAUAUUGCCAAUAUCAGUAUGAAGGACAUUGAUGUAAAGUUUGUGCUUUAUAAUUCCUUGAAUAGUUUAAUCUAUUAACUAAGAUUAUUUUCUACUAUGUACGCUAAUGAGUUGAGAAUCAAAACUUAGAACAAUGGCGAAACAUUCCUAUUAAUUCUAGGAGUCUCAGCUGCUGCUAUAGGACUUGGUUUGAUCAUUAUGAUUAUUGCUAUGAUAUCUGUAAGCAAAAACUAAGAAGAAGUCUUAGCCAUGUUUUUAGAUCUCCCAGACAAAACUGUUAAAUAUCUGUAUAAUAAAAGUGAGAACUUUAUUUCUAAUUUGUAAAUGGGUGAAGAUGAUGAGAUGAUGUCAGAAAUAGACGAUGGGGAAAAGGAGGAGUAGGAAGAGUUAAAUAAGACGUUGAAGACAAAGAGAAAGAAGAAAAAGUUUAAGAAUACUAAUAAAGAUCAAAGAAACUUUAUUUUUGGCAUAUUUUUUGUUUUGUCAGUAACUCAAGGAUAUUUUGUGUUGAAUUAUAUUCUAAGCAAUACAUUUCUUACUAACCUUGAUCAAAUGAUACCAGAAAUCAAUGCAACUGCCAGGGCUGAAAGCUUUUAUAGAUUUGUUGAUAUAGGAGAAAGAGCUUUAUUUUUGGAUAGAAAUUAAACAAUUUUGAAUGAGGAUGCUUACACAAUUGUGAAAAAUAAUCUUAAUUCACUUUAUACUUUAGACUCAUCCAUGCACCAAGAACAUUCUUUAAAUGUAGAAAUUACUAAUCAAAUAUACCUUGAUGCUUUUAAGGAAAUGUUUAUGUCUCAACCGUGUACAAUUAUGGCAACUGUAAUGAAUGAAGUUAUUGAGUAAGAUUGUUAGACUUUUGCAGAUGGAGCCAUCUUUUAGGGAAUGGCAGUUGGAGUUGCUCGUUACUUUGAAAAUUUGAGGUACAUAAUGACCAUAUAUGAUUAAUUUUGGAAUAAUUCGAAAGCUAAUUUUACUUAAUUGGCUCGUGGAUUUGCUACGUUUAAGAAUAUCACUAAAAAUUAAGAUAAUACAACAAAUUUAGUUCUAAAUCUUAAUAAUUUCAAUCACACAAAAGAGGCAAGAUAAAUGCAGGACAAUUAUCAUAGAGGAACAUUUCGUUAUUUAAUUAAAAAAAUGAUUGAGGGAAUUUACCAAGAUAUGGAAAGUAGUAGAACUUAGCUUCUUGCAUUCUUCAUUGUAUUUGAAGUUCUUUUGUUCGUUAUAUAUUUUAUAUUGUGGUUGCCAUUGGUUGUUAAAAUGACCAAAGACAUUUGGAGAACAAGAGCCAUGAUCAUGAUGAUUCCUUUGAGAGUUAUCCAAAAUAUUAGAUCUAUUAAAGCCUACAUCAAAGACAACAUACAGAUAAAUGAUAUUGAUGUGUGA